AUGGCGAGUCCGGAAGUCAGUUUCAUGGACGCCGUGCGCGAGCGGUAUGGUGCGCCCGAUGACAGUGCGGCGUACAGCGCCGAAUCUUUCCUCGUAGGUGAGGCCUCGCGUCGACGCAACAAGAAGUGGGAGCUUGUUGGGAUGGAGAAAACUCGACAGAAGCAGGCGGAUCACUCAAAACUUGUGCAUGUUGUGCUGCGCGGCAUGAACAUUACCGUUGCGGAGAGUACGACUGGUGAACUUGCCCAAGCGGCUUUGCACCGAUUGGAGGAGGUCGAUCUGUCGGAGAACUUUCAGCUAACUAUAAGGGAAGUGGGGCGCAUGGCUCAACAUCUCCCGGCCCUGAAAGUCCUUCAGCUUUCCCAUAGCCCCGAGUUGUUUCCUGUGGGGACUGCAGAGAUUUCUGCUUCUCCCUUUGAGUCGCUUCUUGUGGCGCCACACCUGAGAAAGCUGGUGCUAAAUCAUGUUGGCGUGCAAUCCAUAUGGCAACUACGGGCCGUUGUACAACUACCCCUGCUUGAGGAGUUGCACUUAGACAACAACAGCAUCAAACGACUUGCCCUCUUUGUGGAUGACAACGAGGAAAAAACUGCUCAUCGCAUCCUUCACGAAGCUAACAAGAAUGAUAACAACAGUGGUAAUGAUAUAAAGAGUGGUUGGUUUCCCGCGGUUAAUACACUUAGCCUUGCGCAGAACGAAUUGUCGUCGUGGGGUUUAGAGAGCGGCUUGCAGGAAUCGAUAGGCACAGCGUUUCCCGGCCUGAAACGGUUAUUUCUGACCAGUAAUCGGAUGCCGAAUCUCAGCAUUACACGUGCCUGUGCUUCCAUCGUACCUCACGGAGGCGGUAAUAAACGUGGUGAUGGGGACACCAGCGACGGAUCCCUCGUGGAUUACGCGUAUCUGCAACCACUUGAGCUCCUGUGCUUGAAUGAGAAUCCAACCAUCACAGAUGCAUGCACACUGGAUGCGGUGCGAUACCUCUGUCCCCACUUAACCACAUUCCGCAUCACGUAUAGUGCUAUAUUCCCGCAAUGGAAUGAGACACUCGGCCGCAUGUACGUUGUUGCAUCGCUCCCGAGUAUCACAACGUUGAACAGAGGUCAAGUACGGGCAAAGGAACGGAUGGACUCAGAGAUAUUUUACAUCCAGCGAGGCAUGGCUGCAGAGCAAAAACAGCAGGUGGGAGAGGCACAAGAUGGGAGUCAGAGUAAAGUCACUCAAGAAACAUUGCGAUAUCCCCUACUCGAUGUUCUGCGAGAGAAGCAUAAGGAUGUUAUCACAGUGAUCUACCGCGAAGGUGAGACGGCAAGUCACGAUGGUACCAUGCACAUGAUGCUGAACAUAGUCCUCCGAUGCGACGGUUUCGAGGACACACACAAGAGAGUGCCAAGCUCAAUGUCAGUUGGGAAGUUGAAGGCCCUUGUGCGUGCAGUGUAUAGCGUGGCUCCGUCCCAUCAGCAUUUGUCCUUCGUGUCAGGUGAUGCUGGAGUGGUAGAGGCACCGACACAACUGGAUAAUGAGCUGCAGAGCCUUUCAUUCUACGGCAUGUGUGACCGGGCCAUAGUACUGGUAGUUGACACAUCCCUUCGGAGUUGA